CUUGAUAUUUUAUACUGGAAUACAUAAAAAUACUAGAAAGACUAGAAAAUUUGUAGGAUGGUAGCUGCUUUAUAUCUGUUUGGAACAUCAAAAUUUAUUAAUGUCACUUCCUUUUUUUCUUUGCCCAUUGAGAUGUUUCCAUAAAGAACAGUCUAUACUAUAACUCAGAUAAUGCAUAGUAAAAAUUACAUUCAAAAUUUGUAAUUCUUUUUGUUCUUAUGAUUCAAAAUUGAACUAAGAAAGUGUAUGAGAUAUCCUCUUACUUGGAAAGCUUCUAUACAUUUCAUAAUACACAUUAUGUUGUAUACCUGAAAUUAAUACAACAUUGUAUGUAAAUUAUACCUCGGUAAAAAAAAAAAAAAAAAAAAAAAGAAAAGCUUAAUAUAAAUUAUCAGUUAGCACAUGUUUGGCUUCUGUUUCCCAGGAUCAAACAGCCCAGCACUGACAGCUGAUAUGGGAAAAAGAUACACGGCUUUAUAGACAUGACAAAGAUAACAAGUUCAGAGAUUGCACAGAAAAUGAUAUGAUUGGGUUUGCUCAUUGCCCCUUUAAAAAGCUCUCAUGGAUUGCCUCUGAAAAACCAGUCCCUGUUAAGACUGCUGGUAAAUAAGAAAGAGCAAAAAGAAAGAAAAUUAAAAAAAAAAAAAAAGAGGAAACAGGAUCAGGAAUCAGGGAGGCAGGCAGAUGAAGUGGACAGAAGUGAUCAACACAGAGGACAGUUAAAACACAAGCAGACAUAAACAGAAACAAUGAGGACUCCUGCUGGAAUGUCUUCUGGAGAGCCUCUUGAAGGUCCCAGCCUUCCUAUAAUUCUCGCAUCAGUAACCCUUCAAGAAUAUUGGUUGGGCGCCUGGAUGACUCAAAUGGAAUGACUCCUCUAAUGCAUGCUGCCUAUAAAGGGAAACUUGAUAUGUGCAAAUUACUUUUACGACAUGGAGCUGAUGUAAAUUGUCAUCAACAUGAGCACGGAUACACAGCCCUCAUGUUUGCUGCGCUUUCUGGUAACAAAGACAUCACAUGGGUAAUGUUGGAAGCCGGAGCUGAGACAGAUGUUGUCAACUCUGUGGGAAGAACUGCAGCUCAGAUGGCAGCCUUUGUGGGUCAACACGACUGUGUGACGAUCAUCAACAAUUUCUUUCCUCGCGAGAGAUUGGAUUAUUACACUAAACCCCAGGGGCUGGAUAAAGAGCCGAAACUGCCUCCAAAGUUGGCGGGCCCACUGCACAAAAUUAUUACUACAACCAAUCUUCAUCCUGUCAAGAUCGUGAUGCUUGUCAACGAGAACCCUCUGCUGGCAGAAGAGACAGCCCUGAAUAAGUGCUACAAGGUGAUGGAUUUGAUCUGUGAGAAAUGCAUGAAGCAGAGAGACAUGAAUGAAGUUUUGGCUAUGAAAAUGCAUUACAUCAGCUGUAUCUUCCAGAAAUGUAUUAGCUUCUUAAAGGAUGGCGAGAAUAAACUGGAUGCUCUGAUCAAAAGCUUGUUAAAAGGCCGAGCUUCAGAUGGCUUUCCGGUAUAUCAAGAAAAGAUCAUAAGGGAAAGCAUCAGGAAAUUUCCUUACUGUGAAGCCACACUCCUCCAGCAGCUGGUGCGAAGCAUUGCUCCUGUGGAAAUUGGUUCUGAUCCCACUGCAUUCUCUGUUCUUACCCAAGCCAUUACUGGUCAGGUGGGUUUUGUGGAUGUGGAAUUUUGCACUACCUGUGGAGAGAAGGGAGCAAGUAAAAGAUGUUCCGUCUGCAAGAUGGUUAUAUAUUGUGAUCAGACCUGCCAGAAAACACACUGGUUUGCACAUAAGAAAAUCUGUAAGGAUUUAAAGGACAUUUACGAAAAGCAACAAUUGGAAGCUGCCAAAGAAAAGAGUGAAGAGGAAAACAAUGGCAAACUUGAUGUCAAUUCUAAUUGUGUUCAUGAAGAACAGCCAGAGGCUGAUGCGGGGAUCUCCCAAGAGACUUGUCAGCCUAAGGAGUCUGUGGAAGGGGAGAAAGAAUGUUCUCCAAGUGGAGCGGGGUUGGAAUGCUUCCAGGAUGCUCCUGCAGGCCCGCAGGAAUCUGAGGAGUGAAGGGCAGAGUGGGGCCGGCAUGGAUGGUUCAUGCCCUGGCAGGUAGCCAGAGAGCUCACGUGACUGUGUCCUCACUGCCUCGUGACCCCUGCGUGGCACCAUGGUGGGAGACCAUGUUUCCUAGAAUGGAUGCCUUCAAGCAAAGCUCUGUCUACCAUGCCCUGAGUUCCUCGUGAUUUCUGUACUGUGAUUGGACAGUUACUCCAAGGGGAAAAUGUGUGUUUCAAAGUAUCGCAGAAACAUUUUGACUCCUUUUCUGAGGCCAGCUUCUCAGAAGUUGUUCUCAAAACAAAAGACAUCCCCUUCAAGAAGAAAUGUAGGCUGUGGGGAACAAAGGGGCAAGCAGAACAGGCGUUGGAGAAAGAUUCUUCAGGAAAGAAGACUUUACUAGCCACGGAGAUGGAUAGUUAAACAAGUCAUAACUUAUAUGUGAAUAAGAUGCAUAUAAAUAGCAUUUAUAAUAGUGAAGUCCUACUUAUUUAGAUGCAGUGAAAUGAAGAAAAGGCGUACAUUAUAGGGUCUGUCACAGUUCAUUCAUUGUAGUUUUGUAUAGAAACAAUUUCAGCAGUCUGAACUUGAUAUAGUUCCUGCAGUGACAUGUUAUCUACAGCAUUUGUACCUUCAGAUAUGUCAGAACAAAGGCAUAGCCACAAUUAUCUCAGCAUGUGCAUUAAAAGGGGUGUCUCAUGAAAUUUCUGAUAAAAUAAUGGCUAAACUUAGUGUGUCCCCAGUUAUGAAACAGAUUCAUGUGCCAUAUUCUACUUGAAAGGCUUUUUUCUUUCUAUAAGCUUUUCAUGGGGCUCUUCCUGCCCAGAAACUGAUUUAUAACUUACUUUUAGAAUGUGCUGCUGCCACGGCUCAGCACAUGCCAUACGGAAGCCAGGCUAGGGCCUGAUCGCCGAAGACAGCACUGUGUUUCAGAGUUUCUUGUAAUGAUUGUAAAAUAAAUCAUGCCUACUGAUAUAACCAACACCA